AUGAGAGAUAUUUGUUUAUUUGGUGAUAAGACUUUAAUUGCAUUAUAUGAUACUGGAGCAUCGCAUUCGUUUAUCUCGUUUGCUAAAGUUGAGGAAUUAGGCUUGAAAGUGUCAAAGUUACCUUUUGAUCUGCAUGUACAUACCCCGCAUCAGACAGUUAUGACUAGAUCAGGUUGUAGACAAGUAGGUUUCAAGCUUGAGGGUAGAGCUUUUGUACACGAUUUGAUCUGUUUACCUAUGGUUGGGUUGGAGAUGAUUUUGGGGUUUGACUGGUUGUCGAAAAAUCAAGUUUUGUUCGAUUGCUUUGAACAGAUAAUUCGAUUUAUACCGGAAGGAGAUAGUGGAGCAGUGAUAACCGUAGGAUAUUACCUGAACUCUGUUGUGCUACACUGUUGUGGGGAAGAGUGUCAGGGUUACAUCUUGUUAACUACUAAUGCUUCGAGUGAUACCCAAGGCUUAGAUCAGAUCCCGAUAGUUAGGAAUUUUCUGGAGGUAUUUCCGGAAGAUAUUCUUGAGUUCCCUCCUUAA